CCUGACCGGGACGUAGCAGUGCGGCAUGGGCUGGUGUGGCGGGCGCACACUUCUUUCAAAACGGGUAGCACGCGCUACCGGUUGACGGCAUCGCCGAUUAUCUUCUUUCUCUCUUCUUCCGCCGUUUCCCAUCUCGUGCGCGCGCUCGCUCGCUCCAAGUGUAACGGCGCGGUCACGUGACACGUACGUACCCACACACACACACACACACACAUACCCGCGGUUUUUGCGCGACCAAGUUCACAUGGAGCACCGAACAUCGACGUCGCCACUCGCAAAUCGAGCUCGUCGUUUCGGAACUACGUUUGAAACAUCGCUCGCGUUCGAUCCUUUAGAGUUCCUUUAAAGAGCGCGAACGCGCGCGCGAGUGAGUUGCGUGUCCGCGCGAUUCGGGCUCGCGAAUCGAGAUGUGACCGCGACACGAGGCGCGUUGACCGCGGCGCGACGACCGGGAGUGCGGAAAAAGUGCACGCGAGUGCUUAACCGAAAAAUGACGCUCAUCGGCCGAGCAUCGGUGAGGACAGUGUUGCUGACGUCGUUGCUGCUGACUUGCAUAGUGCUGGUGAUGCUGGCGCGUGCUGAGGAUGUCGCGACCUUGGAGUACGAGCAGCCCCUUCCGGCAACCAACGAGCGACCGCGUCUUGAUAAAGACGCGUCAGUCGCGGAUCGCCGUCAAGCACGCGCAUCUCUGCACGCAGAACUGCCAUCGUCGAAAGCGAAACGCGAGCAGACGCUUCGCAACAUUCUGGCGGCCAGGAGACGGCAGAUCCUGAACCAACGCUCGCACGAGCCGCCUCGGAUCCUCGCGAGUCGCACGCUGCGACCUGGUGAUACUACUUCGAAGGAUCCUCCGGACAUUCUCGAGACCCAGGAGACCAGGCACAGCGUUUACGUCACCAAUGCACGAACAGAAACGUCAAUUGAAGAGGAGAUUCCGCAAAUGUCCAAGGAAUCCGUCGAGAAAAUUUUCGCCGCUGACCUUGGCUUGACGGAACAGGAAGUCGAGUCGCAAACCCUGAAGACGUCAAAGGAUGAAGCUCCAUCAAUGUCAACGACCGAGAAGCAUGAAAGUACUUUUUUGACAUCAUCCACGAUCGCUCCACCUUCGCCGAGCGUGCUCGCUAGUCAGAAGCCGUUAGACGCAGACGCGCGCAAGAAGAACACUGUGUCGAUGCCGGAAUCGCUGUACAACCACUUCCGGCCAGUGGAGAGCAACAUUCCGGUGGAGGACAUGUCGCAGUUCCUCUACUUCGGCCAGAAGCUCCAGCCGGACGCGCAGAACGUUACCGGCACCAGCAGUAAUAAUUCCGUGGAGACCACGUCGACGGUGCCGGUUCCAUCGCGCAGAAGAUACUCUGCAAAGAGGUUUAGCGCGACGAUGGCCGCUCCGGCGGAGGAGAUCGCGAACGACGAGAUGAACAUCGCGCUGGAACGCCGGACAGUCGAAAAGAAUCAAGUGUCGAGGAUCAAGAACACGUUCCGGAGCUCGGGCAGCGGGAUGUACUACCGGAAGCCGAGACCCACGGCGGAUGUCGCGUCCAACGUCAUCCCGGGUAACGAGUCAAGCGUAAUCGCCGGUAGCUCGGACACGAGAAACGAGAUGAAUACGGUGGACGACAAGUCGCGUCGCGACGACCUGGCGCCGCGAGAGAGAGGAAGCAGCGUCCACGUGGUCGGGACGAGCACGACGACCCAGCUACCACAGCAGCGCACGCGUGAUGAUGGCGAUGCCGAGGCGAGCGUCGCGAGCAGCGAGAUCAACGCGAAAUUCGCGAACGCGACCGUCGUAGCCACGAACGGAGUUAACGCGAGUCUUCAGAAGGCAUCGGCCGAUUUCCAGAAGGGAAUCAAUGCGAAGCAAGUCACCGAAUCGAAGGCUGACGCGAGGAGCGUGGAGAAAUCGGAGCGGAAGCUAGCGGGUGUCAAGAUGAUCUCGCCGAGGGCGGGCCUGGGGUCACGCGAGAACGAUAGCGCGUCGUCGACGAUCCGCGACGAGGUAAGAACGACGACAUCACCGCUACAACCGGAAUCGUCGACGUUGCGGAUCGUGGUGCCAGACGAGAGCUUCGGGUCGUCGAGUUUCGCGAUCGACAACGAGCGGGCCCAUCGGAAUACCGUUAAGCAGCAACCGGUCGCGGAUCGACCGGUUCGCGUGACAGCCGGCGGCAAUAUCGCUCCGAAAUCAGCGGCACUGACGCCGUCGACGACGGAGACGGUCGCACCUGCCGACUCCAAGCAACCGGGGUCACAACAGCAACAGCAGCAUCAGCAACAGCAACACGUGUACGCUUACACGAUAACGAACGUGACGCGAUUGUUGCGCAACUACACCGGACCCGGGAUAAGCGGCGAGGAAGAGCAAGGAGGAGCUGCCACCACCGGUCGUCCUGCUGGUAGCGGCGCCGAGAUAACGAGCGGUGGACCGUCGUCGCAGCAGCGGCCUCAGCAGCAGCAGCAACCACCGCCGCCGCCGCCGUCUUCUCCUCUUCUGCUUCCUCGUGCCAGUAUAGAACCGGCGCGUACGCCGGCGGGACUCAGUGCCGGCGCGACCGUCGAGCCAGUCGUAGCCGCUGGAGCGUCGGCCAGUGUUGCAGGCGGCCAAGUGGGGGAACGACCGAGGAAAGUCGUUCCACAGCAGCAGCAACGCGCGACCAGUCAACGAGCAGCGACCUGGGCCUCGCCGCAUUCAUCCGCGAACGACAGCGUCACGAGGUCCGCCAAGUCGCCCGAGGCCGGAAAUAGAGGUUCGAUCAGGUGGAACCACGGCAAGUCGCGGAUCAGCGAGCAGGAGGGUGCUAAUGACCGGAGGUUUCUACGAAAGAGCGCGAGCGCGGUGCUGAACCAGAGAUCAACCAUCAACGACGACUCCUCUUUGGUGGCGUCGAGCAAGCGUCGCAGGGUACUGACACCGCCGAGUGCGCUGUCCUCUUCGAGCAGAAGAGUCAAGCCCAGCGAUCGGGAGGAGAUCCAGAGUACCAGCGUGUUAGUGGUGGACGAUCGAUCGUCGAACGGGACGGUCGCGAGUCGAACGAGCCGUACGGACGAUGGAGGCGCUGGUUCUCCUAGGGAAGCCGCGCGCGCCAGCGGGGUGAACGAAGUGCCGAGUGACAGCAAUUCGACGGUCACCACCAUGGGGAACCUGAGUCGAAAUUCGAGUGCGAUCGGCGAUACGACGAACUCGACCGAUCCAUCAGUCCUCGUCGAUGCGAUGACAACGACGGAGAGGUCCGACGUCCUCGCGGAAGAUGUGCCUACCGUAAAAGUGUCUAGUGUAAAAGAUGGGGACAAUGUCGAGAGUGCGGCUGGGGACAACGACAAGAAUGUCGCGAUGCCGAACAGGAUCGAGAGUGAUGUGGACGCAACGAUGAAUGGCGUCGCUACGACGACCGUGACAGUGACCGGGAGAGUUUCCGAGACAGUCGCCACAACGACUACGACGACGACGACGCCGACGCCGGCGGCAGCGCCGGUUUUCCCGGUCACGCCAAAGAUACUGACGGAAGAGGAAAGGACCACCGCUCCACCGGAGACUUUCACCUUAAGGCCGACGGACGCCGGGAGAGCACCGGAAUCGAGCAACCUGGAUCCCUCGGAGAUCCAGAAGAGGUACCGGGCCAAAGACGCAACAACAACGUCAACGACGACGACGACAGCGUCGCCGGUGUCGGCUUCGCCGAUUCAGAACGACACACGUCCAGUGAGCGACGCGAGACCGAUACCGAGCGGAAAACCGGAAGUGCCCGUUUCGUCGACGCCCGCGGUGAUGGAGAACGGGAAACGCGUAUCCGGCGAGAGAUCGCCGGAAGUCAGGGCGCGCAAUUUGUCGGACAAGUCGAAGGACAAGGACGACGUGCUACCAAUCAUGCACCUGUACAACACGUCGGACAUCUUCAACGGCAGCGGGUCGAUCGACGGGUUCGCGCGUAGCACGGAACCACCGCGAGUGGUACUUCCGGUGGAGCCGCUGGACGAGAAGAAUCCUGCAACGACGACAACCUCGGGAACAACGAUGACGGAGAAGGUUCCCGAUCAGACCACGAUCGUUAACGGUCCAAUCGAAAUCAACGGAACUACCUCGACCACCGUUCCGGUACCAAGACUCAGAGAACCCACUCAACCGAUCGCAACAAACUCUCGAAAAGACAAGCACGAGGAUAAUCGUGAUUCGCAGGAUGCCACCGCUGCACCAGUGUCCAAAGGAUCCCCCGUCGCUCCCGCGACCAACAGGACCAGGUACAGGCCAGCCUAUCAUCACUCGAUCCUGCCGGAGUACAACGGCACGAUGCACCACCACCCAGCCGAGCUGAACGGGACGUUCUUCGAGACCGGCGGGCCGAUCUCGGUGAGCCCGCGGGAAUCGCUGAACAUCACCGAGGUGAUAUCGAAGCGGCACGACGGCGACGCGAUCGCCACCCAGGAGACGGUCGCCGUGGUCAGCUACAUCCUGGCCACUCUUGUGGUAUUUCCCAUCGCCGUCGGCGUCGGGCUCAUUCUCAGAAGACUGAUACUUAGGAAUCGUAAGGUGCUCGAAGAGUCGGACACGUCAUCGGAGAUAAGCUGCAGGAAGGACGCUCUUAAUCUGGAAAACGGCGAUUUCAAAACGUCCAUCGAGAAGGCGAUCACGAAGCUACCGAGGAUACAGCACUUGUGUCAUGAAGCUGAGAAACCGCCGCCUCCGCCUUCGCCGGAAUCCAGAUGGGAGUUUUCUAGAGAUAAGCUUAGACUGCAGACGGUCCUCGGGCAAGGAAACUUCGGCCAGGUGUGGAAAGCCGAAGCCGACGACUUGACAGGUCACCAAGGCACGACUCGAUUAGUGGCGGUGAAAACCGUGAAGGAAGGCGCUUCCGAUCGAGAGAAGGAAGACUUGGAUCGAGAACUCGAAAUCAUGAAGCAGUUGGGCAGUCAUCCGAACGUCGUGACGCUUUUGGGCUGCUGCACCGAGGAAGAGCCUCAUUAUCUUAUACUGGAGUACGUUAUGUACGGCAAACUGCUCGCGUAUCUGCGCGACCACCGCACCAGGCAGUACUUUUACAACUUCAGCGAGGACUCUGCGGCCUUGACAUCCAGGGAUCUCACGGUUUUCGGAUAUUGCGUCGCCAGGGGCAUGGAGUACCUUGCAUCGAAAAAGAUCAUCCACCGUGACCUCGCCGCCAGAAACGUCCUCGUGGAUCACAACAAGCUCUGCAAGAUCGCCGACUUCGGCAUGUCGAGGUUCGCCAACGAGGACGGCGAGGUGAUCGAGACCAGGCACGGCAGGAACGCCCUGCCCAUCCGAUGGAUGGCACCGGAGUCCUUGAUCUACUCCCUCUUCACGACGAAGACCGAUGUUUGGAGCUUCGGGAUCCUCAUGUGGGAGAUCGUCACUCUAGGCUCGACACCGUACCCGGAUAUGACGGCGCGGGAGGUCAUGCGGAACGUGCACAACGGCUACCGGCUGGAGAGACCUUCGCACUGCCGAAGCGAGCUCUUCAGGGUGAUAUCCCGAUGUUGGCACGCCGACCCCGACCGCAGGCCGGAAUUCCAGACCCUACGCAGGGAUCUCGCCCAGCUGCUCGAGGACAACAUGAACGGCCACCCUGUAUAUAUAUAUAUGUAAUGUUAUAGUUGUGGAUGAAUUUUUAUCGUUGGUGCUUCCACGAUUCGUUGAAGUACGUGCGUAAUUAAUUGACGCGACUUUCCAUUUGCGGAGCACACAGGAACGCUGUAACGCGCGAUGCUGUGAUAAAUGACGAAAAUGACGAAAAACAGUUUACGCGAUCGAGAUAUUACAGCGCGACGAGAGUUCAAUAGAGUCCGCGAAAUAUAAGUAUCUUCAUCUCACUAGUAUAGUGUCGUUGCGUAAGUAGGUGUUCUUAGCUAAACACGACGCGCCAAUUGACGUUCGUCAAUUCUUCGACAUUUGCGUCUCGUGUAUUUUUAUUUAUAAACGAAAAAUGUGUUAUAAAGGGGCAAUACGAUCGUGCACAUAUGUAUCUACGCACUUUGGAGGCUUUAGUGUUGCGUAAUACUCGACGUAAAUUACGCUCGAGAAAGAAUUUAUCAGGCAAGAAUUCGAACGUUGAAUUCGAGACAAUAAGCGGACGUUAUUUCCGAUAGCUCUGUAUCUUUUCAGGUCUUUUUGGUACUUAUUUAUUUUCUUUUGCAUCGCGAAAAUGUAUGCAUAGUCUUAUUCUUCAAAACACGCAUGAAAAGCGCUACAAUCAUGGAAGGAAUGAAUUCUCUCGUCUUAAAGACUCGCAACGAGACUCAUUCUGCAUCGCGGCAUUUGUACAUAUUGUAUUCCUCGCGGUAUAUAUAUAUACAUACAUAUACAUAAACGCAAAUAUUGUAUUCGCCGGAAAUCAAAAGAAAAUGUUUCCACUCUCCGAACCGCAUUACUCUAUCGUACAUACACGUAAUACUGUAAUCAUAAUUAUCGCUAUUAAUUAAUCGUUGUUAGGCACGUACAUCCCAUGUGUUUCCGAUCGGCGCGCCCGGCGCGUUUAUUCUUAAUCAUUCUAGUCUUUCGCGACGCGCGUUUUUUUUUGGGGGGGGGGGGCGACGAUUGGUAAUAAUUUUAUUCUCGCACGCCAUUUUCUUCAUUCUCUGCUUUUCGAUGAGCGUUGCGAGCUCGCGCGAAAUUUGCGGUGCCAGCGUCUCGUUGACGUUGACGAUCGCUCUAAAGAGAACCGAUUGAAACCCCACCACUGUCAGUUGAUUAUUGUACUAAGUAUCUUUGUGUACCCUGCGUAUCUGCUGUCGUUCAUUACUCGAGACUUGGCUCUCGGAUGUAUUGCAUUUCUUGGGCGUUAUUUUUGCGAAAAAAAAGAUGGUUGCGACCAACAUUGUAUGUAGACUCGAUUGUAUUAAGAAUUUUUGUCAGUAAACGUAAGAAGACUUUAUUUGA